UUGUUGCUGCUUCUGUAACACGGUGAUCUCACAGUGCUAGCGAGAGAGAGUCUGAUCUCACACCGAAUUCCUCCUCCUGGAGGGGAUACAUCCGAGUCCAGAGAAAAGAAAAAAAAAGAGAGGGGCUUCACACUACAGCUCCGCUAAUGACAAGGAGCAGAUGACCGGCGUAACAGAGCCCCGAUAAUGUGAUCUGCGCUCUGGGGCUGAAGGGAAGAUCCGUGCGUUUUGGUUUUCUGGGUGACAGCGGAUUUCUAGCUCUUCUUCUGGAUGGUUGCUCAUCGACGGAAAAAAGACUGACAAUAUCAUAAGUCGCUAAAUGCUAAAAAGCAGUUGAAUCACAUUGGUAAAGGAAAAAAAAUAUAAUACAGACGUUUUUUUUAUUGCACCACCUUUCAGUGCUCUUGAAUUGUGGAGAAAUGAGAAAGGGAUGGGACAAAGUAUCGAGGAACCUUUGACUCAGACCCGAGGUACAGACAGCUAGGACACUGACAUCACCUGGAGUAAGACUUUUUUUUUUAAAAAGGGGGACAUUAACAGUAGGUGUUUCUUCUUGUUCGUCUGCCAGUUUUGCUACCUGUCACUUUAGCUUCGUAAGGCUGAAAAGAAAGGAUUUCUUUGUUUUCUAACUUUUGUGGAGAACGGGGGAUGUGCAUAAUAUAUUGGGAAUACGAAAUCGCAGAAGACUCCUUUUUAAUCCAUUGUGAUAAUUAAAAAAUACUUUAUUUUUUUAUUUUCCUGGCGAUGCAAAGUUUGCGUAAUGCACAGUAAAACGUAGGGAUCAGGAAUCGUACAGCUUAUGAACUUCAAGUUACGGGGAAAGACCGUGGAUAUUUGUGAUUGUUUUUAAGAGCGCUGCACGGACGCUCGCUGGACUCUUUGCCCCCUUUUAAAACAAUAUCGGGGGACAAGAGUUUACGUCCACUUGAGCAAUACUAAAGUCACCACGCCGCAAAAUGUGAACUUCGGGGGUGAGUUUUAUAUUAAGCUUUUCAAUUAGGAUUGUGUAUUUUAUAUACAAGGACAUUUGAUAUUUGGAUUAUUUGAACUCCAUCUUUUUUGCCUUUUGUUUUAUUUAUUAUUUUUUAAUUUCGUUUGUCCCCUCUUUUACUCGUAAUUCGAAAAAUCGAGAGAGAGAGAGAGAGAGCGGGAGACUGUGCUAGACCAGCCGUAGCGGGGAGAGCUGGCUGUCAUGAGGGAUUGAUCGCGGAGAAGUAUGUUUGUGCUGGAGCAGUUUGAGCCUCAGAUUAACAGUAGAAACGCUGGCCAAGGAGAGAGAAACUUAAACCAGCCUCGACUGAACAUGAGCUCCCACUACAAAAGUCCGGCUUUCCAUGCCGCGGGGCCGCCUGGAGCUGUGGAACAUGCGAUGGGGGCUUUAAACGAGCCUCCGAUUCUGGGACUAAACAUGAAUCUCAACGGGGAGCAAUACAGCUUCCACCCGAGGGGCCACUCUGAAAUGCACGCAGGAGGGCUGCAGCCGCCGCCGCCGAUGCACGGCUUCUUCAAUAACCAGCAACCUCACCACGGCCACCCUCACGGCCACCACCCUCACGCUCACCAGCACCAUCCUCAUUUCGGGGGCAACUUCAGCAGCCCGGACCCUACUGGGUCCUGUCUACACGGGGGUCGCCUCAUGGGCUAUAACGGCAGCGCGAUCGGGCCCCAGCAGAACUUUGCAGAAGGCUUUGAGCCCAUCGCUGAAAACCAGACGGGGGAGGGCUUUGGGCAGCAGCAGCAGCGUUCGAGCAACAUGCCAGAGUUCCAGCACCACAGCGCCCAGAACAGCAGCCACGCGGUCCCAGCCCCCUGCCUCCCCCUGGAUCAGUCUCCGAACCGGGCUGCCUCCUUCCAUGGGCUUCCGUCCUCCAGCUCCUCCGAUGCCCACAGCCUGGAGCAGAGGAGAAUGCCUCCCCAGGGGGGUGGAGAAAAUUUGGAAUACAGUUACCCCAGCGAGACCCCUUCAGGACACUUUGAUGUGCCAGGGUUUUCUCCGUCUGAGUCAGAAUCCCAGCACCCCCACUAUGGGCCCGGCAGGCAAGUGGCUGGUAGCAGCUUCCCUGCCAACCCUGCCAUGCCAAGAGCACCAGGCAUGCCAGGGAUUGCCAAAGUCCACCACCAGCAGCAGCAUGGCGUGUUCUUUGAAAGAUUUGGAAAUGGACGGAAGAUGUCUGUGGGCAUGGAGCCCGGUGUCAACGCCAGGCACCCUUUGAUGCAGCAGCAGCAGCAGGCUGGCUUGCUUGCCAGGCAGAACUCUUGUCCUCCAGCUCUUCCUAGGCCACCUCAAUCCGAGUCGAGCACGGCCAACCCUAACAUGCAGGAAAACGGAGUGAUGAUGCCCGGCCAGCACAACCAGUUUGAAUACCCCAUUCAUAGACUGGAGAACAGAAAUAUGCAUCCUUAUGGGGACCCUAUGUUUAAUAUGCAGCAACAACCCCCUCAGCAGCCCCCAAAUCAAAGACUGCAACACUUUGACUCCCCCUAUCUGAAUGUGGCAAAAAGGCCCAGGUUUGAUUUUCCAAAUAAUCAUAAUGCUGAGAACUGUGGUACCUGGAACAGCAACUUGCACAACCCUCCAGGCAUGGAGAAUCACCUGUCUCCAUCUGCCUACCCUGGUCUUCCUGGGGAGUUCACUCCUCCUGUUCCAGAAGGGUUCCCACCAGGCCCCCCUCUCCAACACGCAGGCCCGGAUCAGCAGUCCAUGCAGCAGCGCCAAAAUGCAGCUAUGAUGAUUAAACAAAUGGCCUCCAGAAACCAACAGCAAAGAAUGAGACAGCCUAAUCUCCAGCAGUUGGGUCACCAUGGGGAUGUCAGUCAAAGCAGCAUGGUGCAUGGGGGCCAAGUGGGAAAUAUGCCUCAGCCAAAUUUCGAAAGGGAGGGUGGAAGGAUGGCCAGCUUUGAUUCCCAGAACCCCCACAUGCCUCAGGAGAAUACCUGGUUUCCAGGGCCCCAUCAGCCAGGAGAAAUGCUGCCGCGGAGGAUGGGCGGCUCCAGUGUCCCGGGGGAGGCCAGCCCUCACGAGAUGGGGCUGCAGCAGAAUGGCUCGAACAUGCUGUUCCGGCCUGGGGUGAACGGAAUGGGCAUGCAGGAGCCGAUGAGGAUGCCAGGAGACGGACACGUACAGGCCCUGCAUUCUCCGAGCAUGCACUCACAGUUUGGAAACAACAUGGGCGGCCUUUCGCAGAUGCAGUCUCCCGGUGCAGGAGUAGGGCUUCCAAACGCACCCUCUGACCGGAGAGCCCCUGAUUUCCCCGCACCCCCCAUGGGGGCGCAGCCUAGUUUUCCUUUUGGAGGGUCAAACCGACAAGGACCACCCCACAGCAGCACCCCAGGGGUGAGUGCUUCCCCAGGAAAUUACCCUCCCCAGCCAGAAUUCCCUCCGGGUCAGCGCUCCUCAGUCAGCAAACUGGGGGCCCUCUCUCUUGGUUCCUUUAGUAAAAGCAGCUCGAAAGACAACAUGUUUGGUCAGAGUUGCCUGGCAGCUCUUUCCACUGCGUGCCAGAAUAUGAUUGCCAGUCUGGGGGCCCCAAACCUCAAUGUAACAUUUAACAAGAAGAGCCAGAAUGAGGGCAAGAGAAAACUGAGUCAAACAGAGCAGGACAUAACUAGCGGCAGCACAAGUGGAAAUGGCAGCAGUGAGUAUUUUCAGAGCAAUGCUGCUCAGAGUGGCCAGAUGCCUGGCACCGGGAAUAGUAACAGUAAGCCUACAGGUCAAAGUGGCACGAGCCAGCCGGUUCAGGGGGACACCACCACCACCCUCUCCCCAAACUACAACAUGGACGCUACCCCGGGGAGCGAGGGGAAACCGACGACAGGGAGUGGGAGAGGGCGGGGGAGGAGAAAAAGGGACAGUGGGCAUGUGAGCCCGGGAAUUUUUUUUUCCUCUGACAGUGGCAAUCCGGUAGUAAGUCCGGGUCAGCAGGGCCCGCCUGCCAGCGCUGGGGAGCGGGGUGGUGGGACACCCCACGAAAAACCCCUCACGUCCCCUUCCUGGGGGAAGGGGGGUGACCUGCUGCUCAACGACCAGCCGGAUCUCAUGUCCUCCUUGGACAGCGGGAUUCAAAGCGUCACCAAGUCCGACGGAGGCUCCCCGCAUGUGGACUUUCCCGACGACGUCAGCACCAGCUACGGCGGUAAUGAAGACGAGGUGUCCUCCAGCUCGGACAACAAUGUCUCAAAACCUAACCGGAGCCCCCUAGUCACAAGCUCCCCCAAAAUCCAGCGAGGUGACCACGGGCUGAUGAACGGGCAGAAGCAAAUGAGUCUAAGUAUUCUAAAUAACACUACCUCUACCCCAGACAGCUAUGGGCUCAGCAGCAGUGGGGGUGGCCAUCCUAGUACACCUGGCAUGGAGCAGGUCCGCACGCCAUCCAGCACAUCCACGCAGGAUGAGAUUCACCCUUUAGAGAUCCUCCAGGCACAGAUUCAGCUGCAGCGGCAACAGUUCAGCAUAUCAGAAGAUCAGCCUCUGGCCAUGAAAAACAAGAAGGCUGACUGCAGCAGUCAGAAUGGAGACAAUGAGCUGGCCAACUGUGGCACGGACAGUAACAAAAAUACCAUGAGCACUAUUGACCUUGACUCUCUCAUGGCGGAGCAGCAUGCCACCUGGUAUAUUCCCAACGAUAAGUCCUUGAUUGAGGGACAGGAGGACGACAAGCCCAUGGCACCCUGGGAAAAGACAAAGCCCCAGAAUAACAACAAAGAAGCCCCUGACCUCCCUCCGAACAAGAGCUCGUCCACGGGGCCGAACGGCAGCCAUCUCCAGUGCCUGUCAGUCCACUGCACGGAUGACAUCGGCGAGGCCAAGAGUCGGGGCCCGGUGCCGUCCUGGCGAUCCCUGCACUCCGACAUCUCCAACCGCUUCGGCACCUUUGUGGCCGCCCUCACCUGACUAAAAUGACUUUCUCUUUUCUACAGAAAAACUAAUAAUAAUAAUAAUAAUAAUAAUAAGGGGGCCACUACCGUCAGGUGGGACUUUUCUAUGUGGUUGGAACCUGUAGAGUGGCAUUCGCACCUGUAAACCUCAACAUUUUUUUAAGAAAACAAAACAAAAAAAAAGUACUACAGUAUGAUACCAGUGUUUAGUUUUCUACCAGCGCAGUUAUUUUUUAAUCGUUAUUCUAAUUAUUAUUAUUUUUUAAGUUCUUCUUCCUUUCUCCUUUAGAUAUAGCUAACUCAGACUAGUUUAAUACCCCAGACUGGGUGGGCGGGGGGAGGGGGGAGAGUCCAAGCCAGGGCUGAAUGGAGUUGUCUCAGAGUGAGCAAGAGUAACAGCAGGGAACGCCACGAUGGAAAAAGAGUUCCUGCCCAAAAACUGCCCAUAUGUGGCCUUUCAAGUUGGAAAUGUGAAAAUUUGCGUCUCCUAAAGUAUUCCCCAAUAUCGGUUAUUUUUUCACCAAAAACAGUUGCUGGCCGUACUAGGGCAGAAAUCUCAUUGAAGCAGGUUCUUCACUGCAGCACAUUCUACCGGCUCCAGGCUGCCAUAGAGCCACUGAGAUUGUUGUCAGAAUGCGUAACAAAAUGCUAUUGCUUGCUUUUAAAACUUUUCACUAACAUGUCCCUUGUUGCUCUCUGCUUUCAUGUUCUACCCCUGAGACAUUUAUGUUCUUGAGACCCUGUUAUUUCACCCACUUGGUUAAUGUACUAAGCCUGCAAAGGAGGAAGGCCGUAUAGAACCAGAUUGUACCCUGUUAUGACCAGUUCAAGCUAUUUAAAAAUAGGAAUAAUUGGAUUUUAAACCAGUACGGUGCUGUAUUUUUGUACAGGACCGAGUGCUUCUGUCGGCCCAAAAUUCUUAAACGAGAAACUAGAGCCACUCUCUUUGUCUUUCCUAUUAAAAAGACAACAGCAGACUUUCUGCUACUCUUUUGUUCUCUUGAUCUGCGGGCUGAGUUGUCCUUUUGUAUAUCUCCUCAGAUCCCUUUUGAGAAAAUCUUAUUAUAAAAGCAAUAUUAAAGGCCAUUUGAGUUGGCCUCGAAAAUAUUUUUUAUCGGACAAACAAGUUUUCAUUUUCCAUUGUGGGAAUGCACUUCAGCUGACUGUGACCUGAUGAUUGUCUUUUCUUUGCGGAGAUAAACAAAAACAACGUUGGCAAAAAUACAGGUAACCCUUUUUAGAUUUUCUUUUCGAUUUAAAAUGAAGAGUUGUGUGUAUCUUUUAAUCUUGGGUCUAAAACCUUUAAAUGGCAAAAAGGAGAUUUUAGUAAAAAACGUAAAUCAAGUGAAUGUGCCAAAAGGGUGAGAGAAUGUUUGCAGUGUUUUUGGUUUUUAUUUUUAAAGCAAAAUGAGAUGUAUCUGCAGCGCAAAUGGGAUUGGAAAGGCUUGUUUUUCAGUGACGCAUACUGUGCCAUGGGCCUGUGUGAACAGAUCUCUUUUAGAGCAAAGCCCUGAAGGCCUGUAAAUUGAGCCCUUCGGAUAGACAGCUCAUGAUACAACGCGCUCUGAGACCUGUUAGCUGAGUGACUUGCACAACAGAUAUGAGCUCAAACCAGCCCAAGUAAAAAAAAAACAAUUUAAUCUUUCUUUUGAAGCCUAACUGUUCACUUCCAUUAGCUGUGAUAUCUUUUAAUCGUGUUCUUUCUAAUUCCUUUUUUCGAGCAUCAGAGAAGGUGUCAAACUAGUUCUUCAGCAGUAACAGAGAGUACAUUGUGUUCAGAGCUUUACCCUGUUUUGGGCAUGGCCAUUUACCAAUGCAUACUCAAAGCAGAUAGGUGUCA